CUAGCGGGCCAUUUAAAUUUUAUCAGCAAUAACAGGCGUGAGCAACAGACGAGAUGUUCGUCGAAAGAAGAUGAAUUAUGUUUGAUCAGCUCCACACCUUGCUUCUCCAUCUAUUGACCAAGGGUGUGUGGAAUGCAGAAGCUGACCCAGACAUGGAAGCAACAGAAGGUGUCCAGACUCCGGGAUGGAUCCUUCACCUCCACCAAGACCCAGUCCAUUCCAUCCAACCAUGGCUGCAAGAUAUCCCAAGGUAACACUGGCUCCAAUGGCACCACAUCCUCAGGAACCACCUCUGCCAGUGGGGGGAAGCCGGAAGCGCUUAGGGCAGCAUAUUACACGACAAGCUGCACCUGUGGUGCCUGCAAAGCCAGUGUAUGGUAGAGCAGAGAAGGAGAAUGAAGAAGAUUUGACAAAGAAGAGGAAGAUUGGCGAUCAAAGCAAGAGAUGUUCACCUCGUUUACAGUUCAAAGGAAGGGAAAGUACCCGCUCUCCUCAGUCUGUAGAGGUCAACCACACAUUCCAAUCAUCAUUCGGUGGUGAGUUCGACAUUGACGAUGAUGUCCUGCUUGCAGUUGAAAAGGCAGAGGCAGACUUCAACAAGAUUCAAGAUGAUGUUGUCCCCUUACGAGAAACCAGUCCCUGCAAACAGAAUCAGGAGCACAUAGCCCCAAGACCUGCACUGGGUAUUCAAGAGAGAUUUCCUGCCAAAAAUUACUCCCAUAACAAUGUGAAAAGCUUAGGCACUUCUUCCAGACCUGUAGUUCAGUCUGAAGGAUUUGAAGAGGCCAAACCAGCCACAGCAGACAAUUUUAGAGUUAAAAGAACUAGUGGCAUUCCAAGUAAGCAAGAAAGGACUACAGCAAGCAGAUUAGAAACUGUAGAUGAUAGGAACCUCUUGUCGGAUCAUGCAGCGGAGACAAUAGAAGUCCAUGGAAGGAUUGAAGAGACUGGCCUUCCCCCAAAAGUGCAAUACACAGAAAUAAUAUCAAAAGAAUCAAGAAGUUCUGCUCCUCUCAUUCCAAAGAGAAGCAAGGACUGUACUGCAGGCCCAUCCCAUGUGUCCACCAAUGUAAGAAAGCAAGCUCCUUCAAAAUUGCCAUCUCAAGGGCCCACUGCAACAACAUCUAAACCUGCUGGUAAAAGCUCUUCUGCCCAUUCGCCAGUAAGGGUCGAUGGUUGCAGUUCCAGGCAAAGAGUUUCUAACGAAGCAGGAGAGGGUCCAUCUGACAGGGGAAGCUCUAGCACAUUCUUAGAUUCAAUACUCAUUUCUGAUCCAGAGAGACAAGGUGAACAGAAGGAAGCUGUUGUAUUCUGUGAGGACUCACAAGAUCAGGAUGAUGAUCCAGUGAAUGGUGCUAUGUCAGGGAAGCCCCAGGAUAGGCUCACCAACCUGCAGAGUGUGAAAUCCCAUCAGCCGCUGCAGAGAAGAUUUACACCUGGUAAAAAUAUCAGAACUGGACAUACGGCAGGCAAAAGAAAAUCACAAGGUUACACCAUCCGACGUUCGUCUACCAGCCCUACUCCUCAUCAUACGUCAACCACCCCCAAACCGCUCAAUCGAUCUACCAGUCACAAGAGAUCCCCACCUGUCACCCCGAUCUCCCCUCCACCCUCUACCUCCCCAGCACAUGACAAGCUUCUCCUGUCGUCAUGGGGACUACCAGAUGUUGUCCUCCAGCAGUACCAUAGGUCUGGUAUCACUAGCAUGUUCCCUUGGCAGGUGGAGUGUCUGGGGACAGGGCGGGUCUUAGAAGGGGGGAACCUGGUCUAUGCCGCUCCUACCAGUGCAGGAAAAACACUUGUUGCAGAGCUUUUGGUGUUGAAAAAGGUCUUGGAGACAAAAAAGAAAGCCCUGAUAAUUCUGCCCUUUGUGUCAGUUACAAGGGAGAAGAUGUUCUACUUACAGUCCUUGUUUUCUGAGGCUGGAGUACGUGUUGAUGGAUUCAUGGGUAGUCACUCACCACCAGGGGGAUUAGCUAGUACCGACAUUGCUCUCUGCACCAUAGAGAAAGCAAACAGUCUGAUCAACAGACUACUGGAAGAGAAAUCCAUUGACCAACUUGGUAUUGUUGUGGUUGAUGAACUUCAUAUGAUAGGAGAUUCCCACAGAGGCUAUCUACUAGAACUCUUACUCACAAAGAUAAGAUUUGUGACAGCAACCACAUUGAAGACAUCAGGGAAUAGUGGCGGUGAGAGGCAAAGUAACCCUAUUCAGAUUAUAGGCAUGAGUGCUACUCUACCUAACCUAGACCUGCUAGCGAACUGGUUGGAUGCUGAUCUUUACCGUACAGACUUCAGACCAGUACCCCUCACGGAGCAUGUCAAGAUCGGCAAGACUGUAUUUGACCCCUCCAUGUCAAAGGUCAGAGAGGUCAAACCUCCGUUUGAGAUUAAAGGUGAUGAAGACCAGGUGUUCUCCUUGUGUUUUGAGACGGUUGCUAAGGGUAACGGUGUGCUGGUGUUCUGCCCAACCAAGAACUGGUGUGAGAAGCUUUGUGAGAUGAUGGCAAGAGAGAUUUACAGAAUGCACCAGGGAGAUGCACACACAAAUCAGUCAGGUUUUGUGAAAGCAUCCAACAUGCUACCCCUGAAACUAGACCAUGCCUCUCUGAGAGAUGUGAUGGAGCAGCUUAGACGGACACCUGUCAGUAUUAACACAGUCUUCAGAAAGACCAUCCCAUAUGGUGUAGCGUACCAUCAUGCAGGACUCACUUUUGACGAGCGAGACAUCAUAGAGGGCGCUUUCCGUCAUGGUUUUCUCAAGAUCCUGGUGGCCACUUCCACUCUCUCGUCGGGGGUGAACCUUCCGGCUCGGAGGGUCAUUAUCAGGUCAAUAAUGUUCAACAGGAAGGUCAUUGACCCCUUGACCUACAAACAGAUGAUUGGUAGGGCUGGAAGAAAAGGAGUCGACACAGAAGGUGAAAGUAUCUUGGUGUGUAAGACAACAGAGAGAGAUAAGGCAUCAAAGCUGAUGAGAUCUGAGCUCCCAGCAGUCCAGAGCUGUCUGGUUAAGAGAGAAGGUGAUGAUCUUAGUAACAGUCUCAAGAGAGCUAUCCUGGAGAUCAUUGCUAGUGGUGUAGCAUCAAGCCCUACUGAGGUCCAGGCAUAUGCAUCCAGCACACUUCUGGCUGCCAGCCUGUCAGAGAUCAGGUCAAAAGGUCAAGGUUCAGAGGUCAAUACAGAGUCAGCAGUGUUGUCUUGUGUCAGGUUCCUUGAGGAGAAUGAAUUUAUUAGACUACAGAACGUGGAGUCAGAAGAUGGUAUGGUAGAAAAGUAUUGUCCCACCCAACUAGGGAAAGCUACUCUCUCAUCAGCUCUCUCACCAAACGAAGCUCUUCACGUUUUUGCUGAACUUCAGAAGGCUCGCAAGAACUUUGUCCUGGAAAAUGAACUUCAUAUUCUCUAUCAGGUCACUCCAAUCUAUGACCAAGGCUUCCAGCCCGACUGGUACCAGUUCGUCUGCACAUGGGAGAAGAUGUCCUCAGACCAGCGUCGGGUUGCUGAACUAGUCGGAGUAGAGGAAUCAUUCCUGAUGAGGGCCAGUCAAGGCCUUGUCUCCUAUGCAUCACGUUCUGCCAAUGUUCAAAAGAGCAUCGCCAUCCACCGACGUUUCUACACCACACUUGUCCUUCAGGAGUUGGUCAAUGAAGUGCCGUUACCGACUGUCGCUGCCAAGUACAACUGUGGUUUUGGGCAGCUACAGUCAUUACAGCAAUCUGCUAGUACAUUUGCAGGUAUGGUAACAGUGUUCUGCAGUCGUUUAGGCUGGUGGAACCUGGAGCUCCUCUUGGCCCAAUUCCAGAGCAGGCUGAACUUUGGGAUCCAGCGGGAGCUGUGUGACUUGGUCCGAAUCUCACUCCUCAACGCCCAGCGAGCCAGGCUGCUCUAUGAUGCUGGUUACCCUACUGUAGCUGCUGUGGCAACCUGCGAUCCGGAUGACGUGGAGAUGCUACUCAGAAAUUCUGUGCCAUUUAGAAGUGGCAGACAAGCUCAUGGUGAAGAUGCCUUUGAGGCAGUGGAGAGGCAACAGACCAGAUGUAUCUGGGCCACUGGAAGGAAAGGACUGACGGAAGCUGAAGCUGCAAGGCUCAUAGUCUCUGAAGCCAGAGCGAUCGUCCAAGCAGAGCUUGGUGUGGCUGGAGUUGCAUGGAGUGAUGAGCGAGAUAAGAAUGGCACCAAGACUGAUGUACAUGUAGGUCAGGAAGCCACUGAAGAUGAAUGCCCGCUGGAAGGCAACAGGGAUGGGGAGCGUAGACCUGAGACAGCUAUAGAAGGUGUGUCAGAGGAAAGCAAAAGAGGCAGCAACAGCAGAAUCGGUUAUAACAGGAAAGACAUUCCUGAAAAGAACUUGGAGAAGGAAUUGUUGCAAGUGACAGGAAAAGAUCGCACAGAACAGUGUCUAGUCACUGAUGAACCCACAACUGAUAAGCCAAGUACAUCAUCAAAGUCUGCUAAAGCUCUUGAAAAAUCUGGCGUAAGACACCAUGAUUUGGAAGAAAAUGGCUCUAAAUCAUCCACAAAUUCUAAAGAGAAGAUUGACCACAUGCAGAGAGAAUCUACAGCAGAAGCGGAGGGAGGUAGUAUAAAGGUUGUAGAAAGCAAGACAUCAAAAUCAACUGUCAAUCACCAGUCUGUUAUAGGAAGUACAACUCUUGAAGAUAAACCUAAGAAGCAAAUUACAGUCACUGCCCAGGUACAUUCUAAACCUCUGAAUAACACAGUGGAUAAAGAACCAAAUAUCUCAUGUGUUCCUACAAAACAACACAGGGUCAUUAAAAAUUGGAAUGAGAGUGAAAUACAUAUAACUAGGAAUGAAUCCCUUCUUGACAAGGAAAAAAUACAUGUGCAUUCUGCUGCAAGAUCUGCCAAGGAAAGAAGUCCUGAGCUCACAGAGCAAGAAGAACAUGAUAAAGGAAAAAUGACACCUGUUGUAUCAGAAGACAAAGCUCCACAUCAUCAAGGUCAGGAAAAGGAGACAUCUCCGGAGCUGUUUUCAUGUCCUUUAGAUGAGGGUAGUCUGGAGGAAGUACUGCAGCAGAUGGUAGAAGAAGGGGAGUCUCCUCCUGCAAUGGUUCCAGGAGAUGGACAACCUAUGCAGGAUAAGGACACUCUUAGAACAGAUGACAGUGGGAUGGUUGUUGGUGAAGAGGAUGGGAUUAGUCCAACUUUCCCAUCGAUGGAUUCACAGCUUGAACAGUACAUGGCUGAGUAUUGCACCCAGAAUGACAUUGUUGCUGAAUCAGCUAGUCCUGACCUUGAUGCCGCAAAGAAGAGGGAAAGGAAGCUAUUAGGACACUGCCAAGAUUUUCUAACAAAAGCCAAUGUACGAAGUGGUUCAGACACAACAGAACCUAAUUUGGCAAUAGAUACUGUAACAUCAAGUCAGAACACAAAUGCUAAUACAAAUACUGUUGUACCAGAUCAUGCUGUUGAGGGUCUCCAGGAAACAGACAUCAGAUCUUGUCCUCUCAUAGAGACAACCCAGGAUGUACUGCUUGCUGCACAAAUGUGCGAGUCCUUUGACUCAUUCUCAUUUAGCAUACAAGCAUCAGUAGCCAAAGAGAGCAAUCCAAGUAAAAGUAUACAUAAGCCUGUUGAAAGGGAUGCAACCUCUGCUGCUAAAUCUCGUAAAAACUUUGAGGAAGAGGUAAGGAUUGUACCUGAUCCCUCUCUGGUCAGGAAUGACCCAACAGAGAUUGUACCAGAAAAUGCAUCACCCAAGAUGCAGAGAGAUAUUACCAAGUCGGAGAUCCAAGGCGGUCAAAACGAUGAUGCUAUGCACUUAUCUUCAGAUGAUUCCUUUUCAUUUUUUGAGAUUCCUGAUGGAAAUGAAAUUUUGGAUUCAAACCCAGACAAUGCUACCAUGAUCUUUGUUGGAAAAUCCAAAGAGUCUUGUCCAAACCCAUGUUCAGAUUCUGCGAAAGAUCUGAAUGUUGCUGAUAGCAAUGUGAAAGCCAAAGGCAACCAACUCUGUCAAGUGGUCAAAUCAUCUAUCAUCAGCAAAGGGAACCUAACACAAAAUGGAAGUGAAAGGAAGGAUAUUGAGAAGCAAAUCCUACAUGUAGGUGAUCAGAAACCUUCAAAAUCGGGAGAAAUUUCUAAGAAAAUUGUGAGUGGCAUUUCUGGUAAUAAACCAACAGAUCAUCACAAAUUUGCAACAUCUAAAGGACAUACCAAAUCAUCUGUAUCAAGUGAGCCUGUGUCGAAGAAACAGAGUAUAGGACCAUCUAACUAUAAGUCAUCCUCCAAGUCUGAAGUGGUUUUCUCUCCCAAGAGGGAUGAUGAAGUCAAAAGAAAUGCAAAUAGCCUCCUGAGUCCAGGGACUUUGGCCAUGCUGGACCUCUUUGCAGGUGAAGAUGAUGAUGAUGACUUAUUCACACAGCUGAUAGAAACACCAAAGACUAGAUCCAAAGACCAGACUGUCCUUGCAGGCAAGGACAUGAAUUUUAGCAAAAAGGACAAGACAGGGACGCAUUCUGGCUGUAAGGUCAGCAGUCAAACAAUUAUAAAGCAAAAGAUGUCAAUGAAUAAGGAUAAAAGCAAAAUCCCUUCUCAUCAGGAAAGUACAGUAGGGUCAAGCAGUAAAGAAUAUAAGCUGAAAGAAAACCAAACAAAUUCCAGUAUAUCAACUAAUUAUACAAAGAGAAAGAAUGAGAAACAGACUAAUGGGUCUCCACCAAAGCGACAAAGAACUCCACCAAAAUCUAGUGCUGCUGUUCAAGAAAAGUUUGAAAGUGUGGAUCCUGUAGACAUGAAACACUCUGAAAGAAGAACCAGUGAUACAGGAGAUUACAUUCCGCCAACACCUCCCAGAAUAAAACAGACCACUCCCAAGAUCUCCAAGGCCUCAGGGACACAAAGACCAAAGAGCAAAGCAGGACAAACACAACGAUCUGGAAAGAAAAAGAAAAGCCAAAGUAGAACACUGGAGAGUACAAGGAGAAAAUCACCAAGAGCAUUGAAUAUAAGUAAACAGAAUCUAGAGGCAGUAGAGGAAGAAAGGGCAACUAUUGCCAAGGAUCUUAGGAACACUUCAGACAAAAGCUCUCCAAAGUCAAACAAGAAAAUGCAUAUGACUGCUGAGAUGAGCAAACAACCAGCUGACAAAUCAGCAGGUCAGAUGACUGAGGUGCGUAGGAUUCCUGAUAUGGCCAUGAUACCCAACAGUGAAAUGCUGCUGCAAGAUAGCGAGGAGCUGUUCUCACCUGGACCUGUUGAAUCCCAAGACGCCCUCAACGUUGGAAUGGAUGAACAUGAUUUCAGUCUCAGGUUCAGCGUGGACAGCGAUACCGAGAUACCGCCCUCACCUCAUUCAGUCAUUACCUCUGCCUCCUCAAAGCAAGAGAACCACCAGCAGUCUUUGAUGUCUUCCUUCACUCCAUCAUUCUCCUUUCCCCAGUCCUUCAGUAGCUCACCAGCUAUUCCUUCAACGGACAAUGCUUUCACUAUCAUAGACGUCUGUGCCAAUGUAGACCUCUUCAGCACAUUCAUGAUGGAAUGGAAACGAAAGAAGCGUUAUUCUGUGGCUGUGGCCUGUGAGAAGUAUCGUCCUCCAAUCCAAGGUGCCACAAUUGGUGGAAAUUUCAAAAGACCUGGCACUUCUGAUCAAAAAAAGGUUGAAUCUAAACCAGAUGGCUUUCCUAUAGAAGACCUUGAGUUGUUGAUUACAGGUAUAGCAGUGUGCUGGGGUGGUAAAGAUGCUUACUUUGUUUCUCUACAAAAAGACAUACCAGCUGGUGAUGCUGAUGACACCCUUGCCCCACCAGACAAUGCCCCUAAUCUUCCAGUCAAUGAGAGACUGAGUAAGAUCAGACCAGUACUAGAGAUUGAGAAACUUGGAAGGACUGCCAAGGCAAAGUAUCAUCAGAAAGUGGUGUUUGGUGCCAAACACCAGUAUAAGAUCCUAUCCCAAGCCUGUGGAUGUCUUCUAUCAGGAUGCCUUGAGGAUCCUAAGAUAGCACAAUGGUUGAUAGACCCUGGUAGCAAGGAACCUAACCUUCAAUCAUUGGUCACACAGUAUUCACCGACUGAUACACAUCUACUAGAAGCUCUUGGUGGUGGUCUAGGUCUUGGUGGUCCAGGGGUUAGUCCAGAGAUGAAUGGAUCCAGUAGACUAAGGGCUACUACUGAAGCAGUCCUGGCCCUACAGGUCAUGGAUGUCAUGCAGAAGCAGUUAGAGGAGUUGGACCUGUGGAGACCAUUCCUUGAGGUUGAGAUGCCAUCCAUUGUAACCCUAGCUAGAGUGGAACUGAAUGGUAUUGGGAUUGAUGGAGCUGAGUGUGAAACACAGAAAUCUAUCAUGCAGGCUAAGCUAAAGAGCUUGGAGGAGGAAGCAUACAAGAUAGCUGGACAUGGUUUCUCACUUACAUCACCAGAGGAUGUUGCACAAGUCUUAUACACAGAGCUAAAGCUCCCACCCAAUGGCGACCCCUCAUUCAUCUCCACCACAGCAGCACCUGCCCGUCGCACCCUCGGAGCAAGAGGACGCCCUCGCUUGGCCAAACACUUCAGCACAUCCAAGGAGGCCCUUGAGAAGCUCAAACCUCUCCAUCCUCUCCCAGCCAUCAUCUUGGAGUUCCGUCGGAUCUCUGCUGCCGUGGCUAAGGUGGUGUUCCCUCUCCAGAAGGAGAAGGUUCAUAAUAGUAGACUGGACAUGGAUCGGGUUUUCACUGUAUACCAGACUCACACUGCUACAGGUCGGGUCGCGACCUUUGAACCCAACAUCCAGGCCAUCCCUAAAGAGUUUGACAUUAACAUGCCUUCUGUGAUUGGGGAGAGUCCACCUGGAGGGGGCGCUGUUCAAGGGACUGCCUCCUUCAUUCCUUCAGCGGUCUCAUCACAUCGAAGCAAGAAAGGUCGAAUGACCAGGAUAGGAGCUUAUACCCCGCUUGUCAUUAGUAGUGGACCCACACCCAAACCAGGCCCAAAGUUUGCUGUCAGUAUUAGGCAUGUGUUCUGCCCUUUCAAAGGUGGAUUGAUGCUUGCUGCUGACUACUCUCAGCUUGAGCUACGUCUCCUAGCCCAUCUAGCCAAGGACAAGUGUCUCAUGAGUAUCCUGAAUAGUGGUAGUGAUGUCUUCAAGCAAAUCGCUGCCAAGUGGAAGCAUGUCGAUAUAGGCGAUGUCACAGCAGAACAGAGGCAACAGGCCAAACAAAUGUGUUAUGGUAUGAUCUAUGGUAUAGGAGCCAGAGCUCUAGGGGAGCAGCUAGGAGUGUGUGAGGAAGAUGCUGCUGCCUUCAUGGAGUCAUUCAAAUCACAAUACAAGGGCAUGAAGAACUACCUACUCGAAGUGGUCAAGCAGUGUAAGGAACAUGGCUACAUCCAGACACUGACCGGUCGAAGACGUUACCUACCGUCCAUCCACCACACUAAUCCUGGAGCAAGAAACCAAGCAGAGAGACAAGCAGUCAAUACUACUGUCCAGGGGUCAGCUGCUGACCUGGUCAAAACAGCCAUGAUCAAAAUUGACCGGAGAUUAGCAGUGGAGUAUCCAGCGACUAAGAGAUGCCAUAGACAUAAAGAGGAAGAGAAGUUAGGUAUAGCACCUAGCCGUCGGAAGAGCAGAAGACUUCAGACCUCCAACACUGGAUUCACUCCCUCAGGAGCAUUCCUUGUUCUCCAGCUACAUGAUGAACUUAUCUAUGAAGUCCGGAGGGAGGAUGUUGAUCAAGUAGCACAGCUGAUAAAGACUGAAAUGGAGAAUGCCAUUAAACUCUCUGUGAGAUUACCUGUUAAAGUGAAGGUUGGACCGACAUGGGGAACACUUGAAGAAAUGGACUUAUGAUGAGGGAGGGUGAUGAAAAAGUGGCAGAGCUAAUGGCAAAAGCUCAAGAGAGCAAUUAAGCCAUUUGGAUUGCUUUCUGCAGGGGAUAAGUGAUUAAGUAUUAUAAUUUUCAGGAGGGGGGGGUGUGGAUUGAUGACACAGCUGAUUCUGACAACACUGGAGAAUGCCAUCUUCCUUGUAAUUAGGUACCUUACAAAAAGUUAGAGCCAGGUCUUUUUGCCCUACAUCUUUUUAUCAUUAAGCAGACAUACAAAUUCUUUAAGGUGGCUUUAGCCCAACACUGUGUGAAUAUCUGUGAGUGGAUGUUUUAAAGAAAUUGUGAGAGGAUGUUUGAUGAAAUGUUUACAAGGUAAUUUCUUUCAUGUAUAUUAUGAAUUGAUUCAUGAGAAUGCUGAGUGCCAUGACCUGUCAAGUUUUAGACAAUUACAAAAAGAAUGUGCUUAAGAAUGAAAAGCGCGUUGAUGCCACAUUGAUCACAGCUGGCCUGUGACUGGUAUCCGAUUUAGCCAUACUUAUGACUUGAAUGAAUUAAAAGAAAUUUCAAUAUUCAAUAUUUGGAUAACCAUUUCUUACUACUGUAGGUCAGGCACAAUUUGAAACUACGCAUCUUAUCUAUUAAAAUCCAGUCACAGUCAGUUGCAAAGUUUUGUUGAAAUAAAUGAAAUUCCAUUUCAAGGAUCGCUGUGUGCACGGAUAUAAUGUGCACACACUCUACGACCACGCAAUUAAAUCAAAUAAGUAUAUAUAUUGUAUUUAUUAUAUUGCAACGCUACAGAAUUUCAAGUCUAUUGUGAAUUGGUAUUGUCAAAUUGAAUUUGUAUGUACAUCACUGAAUACCAAAGUAUAUUAUGAAAUGAACUAUGCAUGGAAUACAUUUUGCAUCUAUUUUUCAUUUUUUAAUAUAAUUAUGUAAAUAUAUUUCUAUAUAAGUUGUAUCAUUUAAAUGAAUUGUAUAUUUUUACUGAUUUCUAUCCAUUUUUCACGAUUCAUGUUUUUUUGUUCAUUUUGGUUAUCAAUUACAUGUACUCGGGCAAAAAUGAUUUUCUGAAAUUUCUGCACGUGUCUCAAAUUUUCAAUGUAUCAUUCGGUAUUCAAUAAUUCAAUAUUUGAACUGCUACUCAUAUACAUUCAAUUAACAAGUCAUGCAGAGAAUACUACUGCAAAUGUAUGCAACCAAAUUCUUUUGUUGUUAACAUUUAUUUUCAACAACAAGAGUCAAUAAAUACAUGAAAUAUUGGAAUGAAUGACAAAUGUGUGCUUGCUUCAUUAAUUCAAGUGAUAUGGAACAUCCUCAGUCUAACAUUCACUCAGUGACCAUGUGGAUUGAGGAGAAUUUCAUAAAAGCAAGGACCGAGUGACAUCAUGAGAUACAACCAAUAUUUUCAAUCGAUUGUAGCUAUUUAUGAAUGGCCCUGAUCUUAACCUUAUACAAAAUUUUGUUUCUCAAAAAGUUGAAUUUCAUGCUGAAUUUCACAAUUAUUUUUUCAGAAAAUUGGAAAUUCAAAGAAAACUAUCUUGCAUUCAAACGAUCUAAAAUACAUGCAACAUGAGGCUUUUUAUUACAUGUAGUUCUCAUUUGAGAAUGUAAUUGGCUGAAUAAGAGGCCCUUGCAUUUCCAGUCUGUUUGAUAUCGCUGCACCUGUGCAUCCUUUCUGGAUAUUAAGGUCAUGUUUCAUAAAGUCAUAACAAAUGCAGAAGUUUAAAUUCAGCCAAUCAAAUCGACUAAUUUCAUUAGCUUUGAGAUGUUAUUGUAACUUGUCAUUCCAGUGCACAUCAAAAAAACAGGUAAUAGAAAUUUUGACAGCUUACCUCUGAUAAUCGUGGAAUACCUUUUUCUAUAUGCACUGUACAGUGUAUAACAAGUUUAAUUGGAGUAAGACCAAGAGAUCGAGUCAGCCUAGUCAAGUUCAUGGAGAAUUUUUUUCAAGCAGCUUUGUGACUUAGGAGAACUUCUACGCUUGACUUCAUCCCCGCUGAUCACACUUGAAGAUUCUUGCAAAAAUGUGUCUGAUUCCAGGACUACAUAUUUGUUAAUGGGUUUGUUACAACAAAUACUCGUAACAAUAGUACCAAAAUAAUGAGAUUCAAACUGCAUCUUUAGAUUGAAGAAUUACACUGACAAACACACUAAUAUGAUCACCCUGAUAUAAUAAUAACAAAUGUAAAACAGUGACAUUCGGCAUGCCUUACCAAAAAAUAUUUACACUUUACAAUUUCAUUUACAGAAUUGAUAGGGGCAUAUCCUUAGAAUUUGAUAGAUCACCUAUCAAUAACUAUUUGAAAAGGCAAGCAAGUAAUGUUGAUCUUAUUUUUAAAUCAGUUGGUCUAUGUUGUUUUGCCGCCUAUGUCCGAGGUACGUUCCUGAGCAAAGGUUUGCACAAAUAUCAAAUUAAAUGCUUUGCUCUAGCAAAUCACAUGCCUACCAACAAGAGGGCUGUUUCUAUGUCUUGGUCAUACAACGUCUUUAAAUAAUAUGAUCGAACAAUGGCUGUUGCAGUAAGAAGUGGUAGAUGUUGCUAAACUCAAUUUGGAGACUGUUGCAGAUAGAGACGUAACACUAAAAAGUCAUACACAAUUUGAUUUCCAACCAAUCAAAUAUAAGCAUUCGGACUUGCAUCUGAAUUCUAUAAUUGUGUUUAAACACCACUCUCCAAGAGGCCUCUGAUAAGUCUGAUGCCAGUAGGGCAACUUAGUAGCAUGUGACCAGUGAACUACAUUUGUUCAACAGGCAAUAUUGAAGAAGCGCUCUGUGCUGACACUAAUUCUGACUGAGGUAAUAAUUAUUGCAAUUCAUAUCUUUGCAAUUGAGA